GCACUGCAGUGCCCAUGUUCUAUAAGGUAUCUUGAACAGAAACUGAAAAUGCCUGUAUUAUAUGUCUGAACUCAUUCAAGUUCAAUGGCCAAUACUAACCCCACUCUAACACAGUCACACUCCAAUAACACCAUCGAUCUAAACACCGGUUACUGUUCUCUUUCUAGAACCUUCCAUAGCCUCCGUCCAAUCGCCCCUCUUCCUCCACCCUCCCAACCUCUCUCCCUCACCGAAUAUGCACUCUCUCUCCUCUCCACCACCACUGCCGUGUCCAACAACACCACCGCCCUCAUCGACGCCACCACCGACCACCAUCUCACUUACCCAACCUUCCUCCGCCAAAUCAAAUCCCUCUCUUCAUUCCUCCAAUCACACACUACUCUAUCCAAAGGCCACGUCGCUCUCAUCCUCAUCCCUUCUUCCAUACAUGUCCCCGUACUCUAUUUCUCCCUCCUCUCCCUCGGCGUCACCAUCGCUCCUGCCAAUCCACUCUCUUCACCUUCAGAGUUAUCUCAUCUCGUUCAUCUCAUCAAUCCCGUCAUCGCAUUCUCCACCUCCUCAACUGCAACAAAAAUCCCUAAACUACCCCUCGGCACAGUCAUCUUUGAUUCUCCUUCUUUUCUUUCCGUGCUCAAUUCCACCAUUGAUACUGAUACCGAACUUCGCCCUGUUGAAACAAGUCAAUCAGACACAGCAGCUAUCCUCUUCUCAUCCGGAACAACCGGACGAGUCAAAGGAGUAUUAUUAACUCAUCGUAACUUCAUCGCUUUAAUUGGAGGAUUUUGUUUCCUAAGGCACGGGAUUGAAGAUCAUGAACCGCAUCGGGUGUCGUUUUUUCCGCUUCCGCUUUUUCAUGUAAUUGGAUUUUUUAUGAUGGUGAGAACUAUGGCUAUGGGGGAGACGUUGGUGUUGAUGCAGAGGUUUGACUUUGGAGGGAUGUUGAAGGCGGUUGAGAAGUAUAGGAUUACACAUAUGCCAGUUUCGCCGCCGUUGAUUACGGCCUUUACUAAGUCGGAGUUGGUGAAGAAAUACGAUGUUAGUUCGAUUCGAUCGUUAGGAUGCGGUGGUGCGCCGCUAGCAAAGGAGGUUGCGGAGAGUUUCAAAGCUAAAUUCCCCAAUAUGGAAAUUGUGCAGGGAUAUGGUCUGACUGAAAGUGGAGGAGCGGUAGCAAGAAUGAUAGGUUAUGAUGAAGCUAAGCGCCACGGUUCUGUGGGUCGACUAGCAGAAAAUAUGGAAGCCAAGAUAGUUGACCCUGUUACUGUUGAGGCAUUAUCUCCUGGUUAUAAAGGGGAGCUUUGGUUGCGAGGACCAACAAUCAUGAAAGGUUAUGUAGGAGAUGACAAGGCGACUGUUGAGACGUUGGAUUCAGAGGGAUGGCUGAAGACUGGAGAUCUUUGUUAUUUUGACUCAGAUGGUUAUCUGUUCAUUGUAGAUAGACUGAAGGAAUUGAUCAAAUACAAAGCUUAUCAGGUUCCCCCAGCUGAAUUAGAGCACAUACUUCAUACCAAUCCUGAAAUUGCUGAUGCUGCAGUAGUCCCGUAUCCUGAUGAAGAUGCAGGGCAAAUUCCAAUGGCUUUUGUGGUAAGAAAGCCGGGAAGCAACAUCACUGCAGCUCAGGUCAUGGACUAUGUUGCGAAGCAGGUGACACCGUACAAGAAGAUACGACGUGUUUCUUUUAUCAACUCUAUUCCAAAAUCUCCAGCUGGCAAAAUUUUAAGAAGGGAAUUAGUUGAUAUUGCUCUAACUAGUGGUUCAUCUAAAUUGUGAUUAAUUAAGAUAACGAUAGAGUCAGAGUUGCACUUGAUGCGGUGCGACAUUUUCCAUAAUGUUAUAAUCCUAUUCUAACAUGGAUAGGGGUUAGAAUUUGAUCUUACUUAAAAUAUUAGAUGAGAUAUGGUAUCAUUCUCAUUUGUAUAACUGUUCUUUAUUAAUGGAUCAAUUUACAGUUAGCUCUCCCAUAAGGUCCAAAAAUAAUAACAUAGUCUGAUUCGACUUUA